GCGCCGUAAGCCGCAUUCGAAAUCUGUAGUGGUUCGCGAAGGCAGAGGUCCCAAUCCGCUCAACCAGUACCACAUCAACCUCUUAGCUACUACUACCUAACGAAUCGACAGGCCGACACCAGACGCCAUCAUCAUGCCUUUCAAACCAGUUGAAAACCCAAAAUGCCCCAAAUGCGACAAAUCCGUCUAUGCCGCUGAAGAACGUGUUGCCGGAGGCUACAAAUACCACAAAUCCUGCUUCAAAUGCGGAAUGUGUGGUAAAAUGUUAGAUUCCACCAACUGUUCCGAACACGAAAAGGAAUUGUACUGCAGGAAUUGCCACGCCCGCAAAUACGGACCUAAAGGUUACGGAUUUGGUGGAGGCGCUGGCUGCUUGAGCAUGGACUCAGGUGCUCAUUUGGGAGAUGAUGAUCCCCACAUCAUGGUAUCGAGAGCUCCUCUUUUACCCAAAGCUAUUGCGAAAGCACCCGAAGGUGAAGGAUGCCCAAGAUGUGGAGGAUACGUUUACGCCGCCGAACAAAUGCUCGCCAGAGGAAGGGGCUGGCAUCGACGAUGUUUUAUGUGCUUCAAUUGCAACAAAACCUUGGAUUCUAUUUCACAUUGUGACGGUCCGGACAGAGAAGUUUAUUGCAGAGCUUGUUACGCACAACGUUUUGGCCCACGAGGAAUAGGACACGCAGGAGGAACCUUUUUAGGAUUGAUGUGCGACGUCCUCGACCUCGAAUGGCAGAGCGAUCAAGCUCCGAAAACGACCGUAAUCGACACUUCGGUGAUCAAAGCACCCCAAGGCCAAGGUUGUCCACGAUGCGGAGGUGUUGUAUUCGCCGCAGAAGAAGUAUUGGCCAAGGGAAGACCAUGGCACAGAAAAUGUUUCAAGUGUAAAGAUUGCCACAAAACUUUAGAUUCAAUUAUCGCUUGCGAUGGUCCCGAUAGGGAUGUUUAUUGUAAGACCUGUUACGGAAAGAAAUGGGGACCGCAUGGAUAUGGAUUUGCAUGUGGAUCUGGUUUCUUACAAACUGAUGGUUUAACGGAAGAUGAAAUUUCUGCUACAAGGCCUUUCUACAACCCUGAUACUACAUCAAUUAAAGCUCCACCUGGCCAAGGUUGUCCAAGAUGUGGUGGUAUGGUAUUUGCAGCUGAACAACAACUUGCUAAAGGAACUAUGUGGCAUAAAAAGUGCUUUAACUGUGCUGAAUGUCACAGACCAUUAGAUUCUGUCUUAGCUUGUGAUGGUCCGGAUAAAGAAAUUCAUUGCAAAGCUUGUUAUUCAAAACUAUUUGGACCUAAAGGAUUUGGUUUUGGUCACGCUCCAACUUUAGUUUGUGCUGAUGGCGCCUACGCCCCGGCUAUUCAAAAUCCAAAUCCAACCUCUGGACCGAAAGCUGCUCCCGGCCAAGGAUGUUCUCGUUGUGGUUACGCAGUUUACGCCGCGGAACAAAUGAUUAGUAGGGGUAGGAUUUGGCACAAGAGAUGCUUCAGUUGUGCCGAUUGUAACAGAUCUUUGGACUCGACUAAUUUGAAUGAUGCGCCGAACGGUGAAAUCUACUGUAGAGGAUGUUACGGAAAGAAUUUUGGACCGAAAGGAGUUGGUUUUGGCAUGGGUGCUGGUACGCUGACGAUGGCUUAAGGAGCCUCUCCGACGAAAUAAUUUAUCGAGCUGUUAAAAAUGUUUAUGUUUAUUAGCUUUAAUACGCCCAAAAUACGAUUAUAAAAAAAUGUUUUAAAAAACUUAUUAAAAAAAAAUCUUUGGAAAUAAGUAUGCUUGUUCGAACGCUAGAAUAUUUUUUAGAGA